CUAUUCCUCCCACUGACACCAACGAUGGGGCACUAUUACUCCCCACUGACACCAACGAUGGGGCACUAUAUUCCUCCCACUGACACCAACGAUGGGACACAAUUAUUCCUCCCAACUGACACCAAUGAUGGACACUAUUCCUCCCAACUGACACCAACGAUGGGGCACUAAUUCCUCCCACUGACACCAAUGAUGGGGCACUAUUCCUCCCAAACUGACACCAACGAUGGGGUACUAUUCCUCCCACUGACACCAAUGAUGCUGGGGCACUAUUCCUCCCACUGACACCAAUGAUGGGGCACUAUUCCUCCACUGACACCAAUGAUGGGGCAUUAGUUCUCCCACUGACACCAAUGAUGGUGCACUAUUCCUUCACUGAUACCAAUGAUGGGUCGAGGACUAUUCCUUCCACUGACACCAAUGAUGGGGCACUACAUUCCUCUCCAAUUACAUCAACAAUGUAUGGGACACUAUUCCUCCCACUGACAUACCAAUGUAAUGGGGCA